AUGGAGCAGUUCGACAGCCUGCUAAGUAGAGUGGGACCUAGCAUCACUAAGAUGCGGACAAAUUACCGAGAGUCAAUUCCUCCAACGCAGCGUCUGGCAAUUUGCUUGAGAUACCUUGCAACUGGAGACUCCUACACCACCAUUGCCUCCAGUUACCGGGUGGGCAUCUCCACUGUGGCAGAGAUUGUGCCAGAUGUGUCCAAAGCCAUUUGGGACAGCCUGGUACAUGAAUAUCUGCCAGUACCAACUACUUCUCUUUGGCAGGAGAUUGCUCUUGGCUUCAAGGAGAGGUGGAACUUCCCCAAUUGUGUGGCAGCAAUGGAUGGGAAGCAUGUGGUGAUCCAAGCACCACAUAAUUCUGGUUCCCAGUAUUUCAAUUACAAGGGAACAUACUCCAUUGUACUUCUGGCGGUUGUGGAUGCAAGGUACCUUUUUAGGGUGGUGGAUGUUGGAGCUUUUGGUCGGAGCAGUGAUGGAGGGACCCUUGCUGCAUCCACCUUUGGAGAAGCCCUGCGUGAAGGGAGGCUGGAUUUGCCUGAGGAUUCUCCUCUCCCAGGUGCUGACCACCUAGGACCCAUGCCCCAUGUUUUUGUGGGAGAUGAGGCUUUUCCCCUGAGGAGGAAUGUUUUGAGACCCUACCCCGGAAGAAACCUCUCCCAGCCAAAGAGGAUUUUCAACUACCGCCUUUCACGUGCCAGGAGAGUUGUUGAAAAUGCCUUUGGCAUUCUUGCUGCACAGUGGAGGAUCUACCACCGGGUAAUUGGAGUGUGCCCUGUAAAUGUCAUUGUCAAAGCAACAGUGGCCCUUCACAACUUCCAGAGGUGGAAUUAUCUACCAGAAGCUCCCAUCUCACAAGAAGAGAAGAUCCCUUCACUUCAACCUGUGAGAAGAGUGGGAGCCAACAACUCCACCCAAGAGGCCAUAGCUGUACGGGAGGCCUUCAAAAGCUACUUCUGCUCAGCCGCUGGAGGGGUGCCCUGGCAGUACACUACAGUCUGA